CGGGCAGAUAGAUGCCUACAAAGUAAAGUACAAUCUCGGUUUCUUCUCUGUUCUCACUGUAUCCAUUUAUUUUAUUCAAAAGAUUCUUUCCUCCAACCCCAACUCUCCAUUUUCUGCAACGAUCAACAACACUCUGGUCGAAACAUCGAACUCCGGCCACAGCCACAAGUCCACAACACCCCACUUAACUGAACCAGCUCCCCCUCCGUUCAUCGGCUGGGAAAAGAAUCAAAGAAAUGGCCAAGUGCUUCAGUUACACGGCGACGCAGGACUCGUGCUACCGCUACUCCUUCUCCCGGGCCGGCUUGAAAUCAUCCACCACCGAUCUCGGCGACGGCACAAUCAUGCACUGCUGGGCCCCCAAAACCCACAACCAAUCCAAGCCCACUCUCGUCCUGAUCCACGGAUUCGGCGCCAACGCAAUGUGGCAGUUCAACGACUUCAUCGCGCCGCUCAAAUCCAAGUUCAAUCUCUACGUCCCGGACCUCCUCUUCUUCGGCGAUUCCUACACCACCCGACCCGAGCGGUCCGAGUCCUUCCAGGCUCGAUGCGUCGCCGCUGUCAUGGACGCGCAGCGCGUGUCCGGCACCAUGGACGUGAUGGGCCUCAGCUACGGCGGGUUCGUGGCCUACAGUAUGGCCGCGCAGUUCCCGGAGCGCGUGGGGCGAGUGGUUCUAGGGUGCGCCGGGGUUUGUUUGGAGGAGAAGGAUAUGGAGGAUGGGAUGUUUCAGGUGAAGAGCGUGGACGAGGCAGCUGAGAUUCUGUUGCCGCAAACGCCGGAGAAAUGUCGGCAGUUGCUCCGAUUGUCGUUUUAUAAGCCUCCGCCGGUGACGCCUUCUUGUUUUCUCGCCGAUUUUAUUGAGGUGAUGUGUACAGAGUACCUUCAAGAAAGGAAGGAAUUGAUAGAGACAUUGCAUAAGGAUAGGAAAUUGUCUACUCUUCCCCGGAUAACCCAGGUACCUACGCUUAUAAUUUGGGGAGAAUAUGACCAGGUUUUCCCAGUUGCAUUGGCACACAGAUUAAAAAGCCAUAUUGGGGAUAAUGCAGAACUGGUGAUCAUAAAGAAUGUAGGACAUGCCCUAAAUGCAGAGCGACCAAAACAGCUCUACAAACACAUGAAGUCUUUCCUGGUUGACACUCGUGUGCCGACUAAAGCAGUGCACCAGAGCAACGGGAGCAAGAGAGAUUGAAAUAUGUAUGAACUAGACGAAAGCAAUGAUGCAGCAUUUAUUUUGUAUCAAAGUUGAGAUCUUUAUUAUGAUCUAUGAUGAAUGAUAGAUAGAUAGAUAGAUAUCAAACAGAAUGUUGCUAUUAGGCAUUACAAGAAUUUAAUAUGAUUCCCCAUAAUCCAUAAGUCG